CAAAGCCAGCACGCCCGGGCGCCCCGACGUCGGCGCAGUUGACUGCGCGAGGACGGCCGUGGGAGCAAGCGCUGCCCCGAAACGCCUUGCCUUGAAACCGUUCAGGCAAUAAACGAACGCCGGCGGCGUGCUGCAGCGGCGCAGCCCCUCCCGGGAUUGGAGUCCACACACCACCACUGCAUUCGCCGCACGAGCGCGCGACGCGCACCAAGCAAUAAAUCAUGGGCUGGUUCGGCGGCAAGAAGGCGCCCAGUAACGGCACCAGCAAUGGCGCGCGUCAAGAAGCUACGACGCCGCAGUCGCCGCCGCAGAUCAGCCGAGAGGACAAGGCUAAAGUGGAUGCGGCGGGCGGCGUGCCGGACAUGACGGCCCUCGAGAAUCUGGGGGAAUGGUCCAUGCUGCGGAAUCUGGAGCUGCGGCUCAUAGGAAAAUCAGAGCCGUAUACGCUCGUCAGUACAGUAUUAGUGGCAGUCAACCCCCUGAAAGAAACCGCAAAACCGGACUUCAAGUCCUUCGUGGACGCGUCCUGGGAUCCCACGCGGCCGCAUCCGAAUCAACUGGCGGAGCUGGCCUACCAGCGGCUGCAGGGCGGCCGCGCGCCCGACCAAUCACUUGUAGUGAGUGGAGAGUCGGGCGCGGGCAAGACGGAAACCUCAAAAAUUGUCGUCAAGUACUUAACACAAAGGGGCACGGCGUCGGGCGCCGGCGACACGCAGUUGGCGAAACGGAUCUCCGCCGUAAGUCCUGUGCUCGAGUCCUUUGGGAACGCGGCUACCAUGCGCAACCACAACUCGUCGCGGUUUGGUAGAUUUGUGAAGUUAUUGUUUGCGCCGUCCGGUAAAAAAGUGGUAGGCGGCGAUGACCUACUCUUAGCUGGAGGUGCUCUAGAAACGUACCUCCUCGAGAAAAGUAGAGUGGUAAGGCAAGGUUCGGGCGAGCGGAACUUCCACGCCUUCCACAUGACGCUCGACCAGAGGCCGUCGCGCCAGCUGGGCGACCGCAAGCUGCUCCUGGACCCCUCGAAGCAUGCGCAUCGGAGCAUGCCGCCCUAUGGGCAACAAAUGAGGGCAAAAGCCGGUCUGGAGCACGUGCCCGAGUACCGAGCCUGUGACCAAGCGCUGGAGGCCAUCGGCUUCGAUGCGGCGACCAAGGCGGCGGCCUGGGACCUGCUCGGGGGUAUUGUUUCAUUAGCGGACGUCGUAAUCAAGGUCAAAGUCGAUGCUGCAUCACAAGAAGACGUCGCCGAUGUGGAGCUGGACGGGGCUUGUCUGAGAGCUGCUAAACUAUUAGGAUGGGACGUUUCCGCUCUCUCACAAAUCCUGUGCGAGCGAACCGUAAAAAUGCGCAGCGAAGAGGUUACUGUCAAACGCACACCAGGAGAAGCGGCUGGCGCUAGAGAUGCCGCCUGUCGGUGGCUCUACGGCGCCCUCUUCGAGAAGCUCGUGGUCCAGUGUAAUGAGGCGCUCGACGGUGGCCUCGCAGCAAAAUCAACGCGCUUCGUCGGGAUUUUAGACAUCUUCGGCUACGAAACGCUCGAAGAGAACGGCCUCGAGACGCUCCUCAUAAACUACGCGAACGAGUCCUUGCAGCAGCUGUUUUGCGAUGCCAUUUUUGCGGCAGAAUUGCAGUUGUACGAGGACGAGGGCAUCCUGACGGAGGAGGACGCGAAAGCUUUAGCACCACCUGACUCGACCGCAACUCUCCAGUUCUUGGCGGGCAAGGGGCCGCCACCGGGCAUCCUGCGGUUGCUCGAUGCCCAGUGCGCCACGGGCGGCACGACUACCGGCAAAAAAACUGGGCAAGAUGAAAGGGACUCGCGCUUCUUAGGAGAGGUCGCGCGCGUCCACAAGGGGAACAAUUCACUUGCAAAUACGAAGCCGAAGGAUCGGAGGUACAUGUUCCACGUGCAGCAUUAUGCGGGCGUCGCGGGCUAUACUGUGGUAGACGAUUCGCAGAAGGAGGGCCACGAGGGCUGGGUCGUCACGAACUUGGAUCAAGUUCCGGAAAGGUUAGCUAAGCUCGCGUUGACGUCUACCGUAUCACUAGUCAAGGGUUUGGAGGCAGUGGGUCAAAAAGCAUCAAAUGAGAAUCAGAACCGACGGGGCAGCAUGGGCAAGCCCAAGACCGUCGCUUCUAGGUUUGCCGCCUCGAUGAGCGAACUCACGAAGGUCCUCGAGGCGACCGACUGCGGCUUCUGCCGGUGCAUCAAGCCGACGCCCAAGAUGGUGCCGAAUGAAUUUGAUGGGCCCUACGUCGCGGAACAGUUGAGGGCAUUGGGUUUAGUUGCGGCCACCGAAGUUUUACGAGUAGGCUUACCUCAUAGGGUCGAGUACGCGUCUCUGUUAAAUACGCUACCGGCCGAAGCGAAACGGGUGUUGAGUGGCGAGCCGAACGACAUCGUGGUCUCCUGCACGCUGUCGGCCUUCGACGUGCCCGCGUCCCACUUCCGACUCGGUAAGACGCGGGUCUUCUUCCCGGCGGCCGCUCUCCGACAGAUCAAUGAUUUGUUGGAAUUUGAUCCAGCGAAGGACCCGGAGCGAGCGGCACUCAUCGCUGGUAAAUUACAAGCUGCUAAGCAAGCAGCACAAGAGGCGCGGAAGGCCGCGCAAGAAGCGGUAGAUGCAUUAUCACGAGCCGACGCGGCCGUAGCUUCCGCGAGGCAAUGUGUGGCUUCGUUACCAGAUGAUGACGGUGAUGAUCAAUGCGACGAGGACGCGCGACAAGCUGGAUUAGAUGCGCAGACCGCAGGUGCGGAUGCGGAAGAUGCGCAAGACUGCGCGACGCAAGCCAAACAAGCGGCGGACAAGCAGCCGAACGCCCCGAAGGCGGCCGAGGCGGCUCGAAAAGCUCAAUUGUGUGCGGACAAGGCGAAGGAGGCGUCGGACCAGGCCGAUGCUGCGGCUUCGAAGUGCGACGACGUCGCCGAGGCGCUCGGUGGGGCGCGUCGAGCCGCAGCGCAAUCUCAAACGGCGUUGACCAUUUGUGUGGCCGCUAGGAAGGCCUGUCUCGCAGCCAAGGACGGCGCGACGUCGGCCGUGCGAAGGUUGAAAUUGAGUGAAGUGACGGUUAAAGUGCAAGAGGCCAAGGCCGCGGCCCAAGAAUGUAUUGAUGCGGGCAAGGCGUGCGAGAAGGCGGCCGCCGCCGCAAGUGCGGGGCCCCGUGCUGGUACUGGCGACCUGGCUCAAUUGGCCAAACGGUGCGCCGAGAAGCGCGAGAUGGCUUCACAAGCGCAUGCCGAAGCGCGAGCCUUCCGAGAUGAAGCUUUGAAGUUUGCGGAGGCGCAGCGGUUAGCCGACGAGGAAGAACGUAGAAGGAAGGAGGAGGAAGAACGUCGACGUAGAGAAGAGGAGGCGCGUUUACGGAGAGAAGCGGAAGAGCGUAAACGUAAAGAAGAGGAAGCGAGGGUCGCGGCCGAGGCCGAACAACUUCGUAGGAAGGAGGAGGAGGCUAAGCAACAGCAUGAGGCCCGCAUCGCCGCCGCGAAGGACGCCGCUGCUGCUGAAGAAUUAAGGAAGGCCGAGUUGAUACGCGAAGCCCAAGCUAGAGAGAAUGAAAGACAACUAAGGGUCAAGGCCGAGAAGCUGCGGCGGGCCAAGGAGAAGGCGGCCAACGACGCGAAGGCCGCGCAAGCGUUUGCCGCGUUCGAUGUACCAAAAACGCGCCUGUCCGACGUCCAGCCGCCCACGCCCCAGAAGCUCACGACGCAGUUGUCGGGCGGGUUUUCGUCCCCAAAACCGCCGCCGCCGCCGGAUGAUGAAGAUGAAGAAUUUGUGGACGACGAGGCCGGUCCGUAUCGCAGCGUCUUCAUUGACCCGUACGCCAUCGACGCGUCUCGCGACGAUAUCGAUCGACACAGGCUACGACCAGGACGACGACGACUUCAUCGAAGAAGCCCUGAGCCCGUCGAAGAAAGUGAGUGCCGAGUGGGUCGUCCAACAUUUACGACGGUUCAAGCGGUGGUACGUGGUCGAGAGACUUGGUAGUGACGGGAACGUCUGCAAGUACGAGCCGCCUCCCCCGCCGCCCUUGGAGAUUCUGAACCGGCCCCACCCGCCCCUACCGCCGAGACGAGAGGUCAACGCUCUCAGAGAUAUGGCUUUUAGAGGUGUCGACCUGUGCCCGGAAGAUCCAGCACCUAGAGAUAGACGGACUUGUUUAUUGCACUGCGUCGUGAAGCGGAAGAAGUCGACGUUAGGUUCAGCACAAUUUGAGUUUUCCUUGUCUUGCUUGCCUGAUGAUACAUUACUCACAGCUAAGUUGUCAGGCAAGCACUGGCAGCUGUUUGAUGGAGACGCGACGUUACCCUACGGCCAGUUGCGGGACGCCAUGUCCAUGACGGCUAGGCCUGAUUCGGAGAUGGGUCUGUUCGGCCACCAGCGAGCGAACCGAGGUGGCGCUCCCAGGGAGAUCGGCGUCGUCGUGGAACCACCUGUCUCUGAUGCGGGCUUUCUGGAAAGCUUGGGAGGGGCCAAGAACCUACCCGGCGGCGCGUUGUUCGAUCGGUUCUCGCGGCACGACCCGCGCUUGGUGGUCUGCAUGCAGCGCGACCCCGUGAAGCGCAACGGGAAGUACUCGCUGGACUUCCGGGGAAGAGGCAAGGUCGCGUCGGUCAAGAACUUCCAACUACAGGCCGCGGCGGACCCCGGGCGACGCUCCAAAAAGGCGGACAUCGUCUUGCAGUUCGCCAAGGUGUCUGCCAAUAGAUUUCACUUGGACUUCGCGGCGCCGUUCACGCCGACGACGGCCUUCGCGCUGGCCGUGUCGACGUGCGUGACCUAGGCGCUUCGAUCUAAUUUCAUUACACAUA